GAGCUGUCUGCUAUCUAACAUUGAAUCUUUCAAAUUGCUGCACAGAUCGUCCUCGACCUAGGCAAGAUAACUAGGUGCAAGCGUUGCGAGAAGAAAUUCCAUGGUUGAAGGAUUUCUGGACAAGCCCGAUCCAGGAUAGUCUCUCCUUACGGCGUGUCAGCAGGGAUCCAGAUACUUCAAUUUGGAACAAUGACUGAUGUUCUAUCCCUCUAGACCUUUAUGCCUCAUUCUUCACCAUAUUUCGUGUUCCACGCCAUAUUUCUGGCGACAUUGCAGCAGCAAACUUACUUACUGUCCGCAACUUCUUGAUAUCAACCCCACCAAACAGCCUCUCCCUAUAUCACAGAUUUUAGUACCUGAUUGUAAUCCCAACACAACCGACAACACCUAAAGCACAAUCAUGGUUUACUAUGCAUACGUACAGGAUAUCAACGGCCAUUGGUCCUCGCGAUACGUGGUCGUCUUCGCCAGCCGUGCAGUUGCCGAUGAAUGGUGGCGUUGCGUGUCCACUUCCGCCAAUACGAUCUUCAAGUAUUCGGACAGUAUCAGGCGAAUUACCCCGCAGUUCUUCACCCACGACGUUGCCAAAGCCAGCGCCGCCCUCUCUACCUUUGAGGACCAGGUUGCGUCUCGUUUCAGUGGCAAAAUGUUUUUCACGCCGCUGCCAGAGUCCGCAUUGAGCGUCAUUCCGAUUCUAGAUUUCGCGGAUCAUGUCAGCGGGAACUCUUUUUUCAUCCGCUCCAAAGUCUCUCCUAGCGAGUACUGGUACUGUCCUGGAUCGUCGACCGGCAACGUCACACCUAACUCCAAAGUCUAUGUGUCGCGUACUGAGCGGACCCGCUUCCGCGUCCAACUCAUCAGCGAGCGCAAGGACACUACAGGAACCAUCAUGAUUGGCUCUGACGAGAUCGCUAUCACCUUAACUUCUACCAACCUGUCCAUCAGAAUCUCCCGCAGCAGCCAUUUGAUCGUUUCGAAAAGCCCUGAGUCGGGGUUGAAGUUCAGUGACCUUGUGAACGGAUUUGCGGUGGUGACUCCCUUAUUGAACAAUGAGGGUCAAUCCGAGAACAUAAAGGAACUCUUCAAGACGGAUGACGGAGAAGAGUGGGAACUCGUUUGAACUGGUAUCAUUUGACGUUGACAAAGUACUUGCAUAUAACGCGAAGUUGACUUACACUGCUAUAAUAGAAGCUACGUCAAUUUGUUCUGCGACCUCAAAAGCUUAUCAGA